AUGCCUGAGUUGGCGAAGUCCGCUCUGGCCCCGAAAAAGGGCUCUAAAAAGGCGGUGACCAAAGCGCAGAAGAAGGAUGGCAAGAAACGGAAGCGCAGCCGUAAAGAAAGCUACUCCGUGUACGUGUACAAGGUGCUGAAGCAGGUCCACCCGGACACUGGCAUUUCGUCUAAGGCCAUGGGCAUCAUGAACUCGUUCGUUAACGACAUUUUCGAGCGCAUCGCGGGCGAGGCGUCGCGCCUGGCGCAUUAUAACAAGCGCUCGACCAUCACGUCCAGGGAGAUUCAGACGGCCGUACGCCUGCUGCUGCCCGGGGAGCUGGCCAAGCACGCUGUGUCCGAGGGUACCAAGGCUGUCACCAAGUACACCAGCGCAAAGUAA